AUGUUGGAUCUUUAUAAUAAACUUCAUGGCUCUGGGGCCAGUGGUUCGUCUAUGGACGGACACGACCCUUAUCCUAAUUUCCAUAGUGAUACUUUAGAAACACAAAUGCCACAACUGAAUUCCUCGGAUGUUAUUAUGAGUUUUGUCAAUCAUGUUCACAAAAUCCACUUCCUCAGACAUGAACGAGAUCGUACAUUCUACUUUGAUUUUGGUGAGGUGUCUCCUUUAGAAACAGUCACUGGGGCAGAACUUCGACUCUACAGGACAAAAUCAAAACAUAGCCAAAGAUCUUAUCGAAUUGAAGUUUAUAUGAUCAAACAGGGUCAGGAUCUUGAGGACAAGAUUCUGAUGCCAGAGACUAAUUAUACCCUAACACCCGACUAUGAAGGCUGGGUCCUUAUGAAUGUUACCCAUUCUGCUGAAUCUUGGACCAUAUUUCCUACAUCCAAUAUGGGACUUUUUCUAAAAGUAAUUGAUCUCAGUUCAGGUAAAGAAGUAGGACCUGAACGUGCAGGAAUUGUUGGCCGGAAAGGAGAACCUGAUAAGCAGGCAUUUUUAGUUUGUUUUUUCAAAAUGAGCCAACAACUCCAUAUCCGACGUACUCGGUCUACCCAUCCUCAGAUGGACUCUCGUACAGCUGUCUCACGCAGGGAAGAUCACCACUGGUCCUGGAGGCGAACACGGCGUUAUGUGAGACCAGUUUGUCGAAGAAAGACCAUGCAUGUGGAUUUCAGGGACCUUGGAUGGCGGACUUGGAUUAUCGCCCCUGAAGGCUACUCUGCUUACUACUGUGAUGGAGAAUGCAUCUUCCCGCUUGGUUUAAAUAUGAAUGCUACCAAUCAUGCCAUCGUCCAACUGCUUGUACACACGGUGAAAUCUCAGGGGAUCCCUAAACCUUGUUGUGCUCCUACUGAACUCAGUGGCAUCUCUGUACUUUACUUUGAUGACAAUGCCAAUGUUAUUCUGAAGAAAUAUCGCAAUAUGAUUGUCCAAGCCUGCGGUUGUCACUGA